AUGACUUUCUACCUCGUCACCUUCUGCUGCGCCUUCGCCGCGCUGGGAUCAUUCCUGUUCGGCUUUGAUUCGGGCGUGAUCUAUUCCAGUAUCGAGCAGGAGGCCUUUUUGCGCCAAUUCGGUUCUCUAACCCUAUCUGACACCGUCGCCGGGGUCAUUAUUUCCUCGUAUAUCGGUGGCGCAAUUGUGGGCUCGGUCCUCGUCCCGUAUAUUUCGGAUUACUAUGGCCGACGAAUGGGCCUCUUCAUCGGCGGUCUUCUUGCCGCUCUGGGUGCUAGCCUCCAGGGAGGCGCGAUUAAUACCGCGAUGCUUAUCGCCGGUCGAUCUAUCGCGGGUCUGGCAAUUGGGCAGAUGUCGGCUACUAUUCCUGUUUAUUGUAGCGAGGUCGCCCCGCCCCAGAUUCGGGGGAUGUUAGCUAGUAUGCAACAAUGGAUGAUUGGCUUGGGGUUCGUGGUUGCUCAAUGGGUGAGAUACGGCUGCUCCCUUCGAGGUGGCGCCUUCGCCUGGCGGUUUCCACUCUCCUUCCAAGCUGCGCCAGCAAUAAUUCUCUGCUGUGGCAUCUGGUUCCUUCCCGAAUCGCCAAGAUGGCUCAUCGAAAAGGGCAGAGAGGGAGAAGGCCGCUCAGUACUCGCCCAGCUCCAUCUCAACAAAAACGCAACCAACAGCCAACUACUCGAACAUGAGCUCUUCCAAAUCCAAGAGAGCCUAGCAUCCGAGAAGCAAUCCGCCGUACGAUCCUGGCGCCAACUCCUCCGCUCCCCGCGCUGGCGACACAGGAUCCUCCUAGCUUGCGGCUUGCAAGUAUUCACCCAGUGCUCUGGCACAAACGUAAUCUCAAGCUACGGCCCACAACUCUUCAAAUCUCUCGGCCUUACAACAUCAACAUCCAUCAUGAUAAUGGGACUCUGGGGUGCGCUAGCGCUGUUCUGGAACACUGUAUUCAUGCUCUUCAUCGACAAAGUCGGGCGCCGGAAACUGCUUAUCCCAUCACUACUCGGCAUGGGAGCAGCCUUGUGCAUCGAGGCCACGCUCGCGCGGUAUAUCGAUUUCAGCGACCCAAAUGCCAACCCACAUGCGCUGCGAGCCGCCAUCGCCAUGUUCUUUGUCUUCUCAUUCUUCUUCACUGCUCUCGGCAUGAUAUCCUGGACCUACCAGUGUGAGAUCUUCUCUACGCCCAUUCGAGCGCGCGGCUCGUCGAUGGCGACUGCCACGGACUGGAGUGUUAGUCUUAUCUUCAUGCAGUGCUCGCCUAUCGCACUGAAGAGUAUGGGGACCAAUUAUAUUUAUUGCUUUGUCGCGUUCAAUUGGGCGGCGAUGGUUGUUGUUUGGGCUUUUUAUCCCGAGACUGCCGGUCAUUCUCUUGAGGGGGCUGAGGAGGCUUUUGCAACACAGUUUCUUGAUGAGCAGUCAGUGCGCUCUUUUGUUGUUGAGGAUACUCCAGUGGCUAUUACGCCGCGCUCGCAGAUUCGGCAUAAGGGGCUGCAUCCGUUGUCGAUGCAUCCUACGUAUGACACUGUUAGUGUCGGGAGCAGUCGCAGUGGAUCUGAGGCUGAGAUUGGAACCAAGGAGGUUUAG